UUGACCUUGAGUUUUAUUUUGACAAGUGCAAACCGGAAGUACACCUAGUGUAGUCUGUCUUGCUUGACCACGGUGGAGAAAAAUAGCAGGAUGUAGCGGUACAUUUAUCGGGCUCGCUUCAUAUCAAUCCAACCACCAGAAGUCCGUCUCUCUAUUUAUGUCGACACGGUGAGUCGGGUUUGGGGGAUGGGUAGUGCUAGGAUUGCCAGCAGGGACGACUAACGUUUGACAAAAUGUCCAACAUCCUCGAUGUGGUGUCCAAAGUAAAAUGGGACCGCACGACUGCGGCGAAGCGAGCCGUGUUUCUCGCGGCUGCCGCGUACGGCGUCAAAACACUGUACCCCAUCCUCUACAGGAAGCUCGGCAAAAACAAAGACCCCAGGAACAAUCACCGGGUUUCGAAGGCGGAGAACUGCUCCACCUGUUUGGUGAAAACACAGACAUGUGCCGCGGGUCACAAGCAGCCGUCCCCCGGGGUAAAUGCGGAAUUCUUCAAGCAGAUCCUCGAACUUGGUAAAAUCCUCUUUCCCAAGCUCGUGUCCAAAGAGCUCGGGUUGCUCUCCCUGCAUUCGGUAGCGCUGAUAUCGAGGACGUUUCUGUCCAUUUACGUGGCCAGCUUGGACGGGAAGAUUGUCAAAUCGAUAGUGGAGAAGGAUCCCAGGAGCUUCAUCUUCCAGCUGAUGAAAUGGCUCCUCAUCGCCAUCCCGGCCACGUUCGUCAACAGCGUCAUCCGGUACCUGGAGUGCAAGCUGGCUCUGGCCUUCCGCACCCGGCUGGUGGACCAUGCCUACCAGACCUACUUCACCGACCAGACCUACUACAGAGUCAGCAACAUGGACGGGAGGCUCGCCAACCCGGACCAGUCUCUCACCGAGGACGUGAUGAUGUUCUCCCAGUCGGUGGCCCACCUCUACUCCAACCUCACCAAGCCGAUCCUGGACGUGGUGCUGACCUCCUACACGCUGAUACAGACCGCCAGGUCCAGGGGGGCCAACGCCAGCGGGCCGACCCUGCUGGCCGGCCUGGUGGUCUUUAUCACGGCUAAGGUCCUGCGCGCCUGCUCGCCCAAAUUUGGCAAGCUGGUGGCGGAGGAGGCUCACAGGAAAGGCUACCUGCGCUAUGUGCACUCCAGGAUCAUUGCAAACGCCGAGGAAAUCGCUUUCUACCGGGGACACAAGGUGGAGAUGCGUCAGCUGCAGAAGUGCUACCGGGCUCUGGCGGACCAGAUGAACCUGAUCCUGUCCAAGCGUCUCUGGUACAUCAUGGUCGAGCAGUUCCUCAUGAAGUACGUGUGGAGCUGCUGCGGGCUCGUCAUGGUGGCCGUUCCGAUCAUCACGGCUACGGGCUUCGCCGACAACAAAACGGCAGACGGGCGCACGCACGUGAUGGUGAGCGAGAGGACGGAGGCUUUCACCACCGCCCGCAACCUCUUGGCCUCAGGCGCCGACGCCAUCGAGAGGAUCAUGUCCUCGUACAAAGAGGUCACAGAGCUGGCGGGCUACACCGCGCGGGUCCACAACAUGUUCGUGGUGUUUGAGGACGUCCAGAGGGGCGUUUACAAGCGCUCCUCUCUAUCAACAGAGACUGGGUCAGAGAAGAAGAGCAAGCCUGAGAUGCACAUAGACGGACCGCUGGAGAUAAAGGGUCACGUGAUAGACGUGGACAAGGGCAUCGUGUGCGAGAACGUCCCAAUUAUCACGCCGAGUGGGGACGUGGUAGUGUCUUGCCUGAACGUUAAGGUGGAAGAGGGCAUGCACCUGUUGAUCACGGGGCCUAACGGCUGUGGGAAAAGCUCUCUGUUCAGGAUCCUCAGCGGCUUGUGGCCCGUCUACGGCGGCCGCCUGUACAAACCUUCUCCCCAACAUAUGUUCUACAUUCCUCAGAGGCCAUACAUGUCCAUAGGUUCACUGCGGGACCAGGUGAUCUACCCGGACUCGGUGGAGGACAUGGCUGCCAGAGGCCUCGCUGACAAGGACCUGGGCACCAUCUUGGACAUAGUCAACCUCUGCCACAUCGUCACCAGAGAAGGAGGCUGGGAUGCUGAGCUGGACUGGAAGGACGUGUUGUCAGGAGGCGAGAAGCAGAGGAUGGGCAUGGCGCGCAUGUUCUACCACAAGCCUAUGUAUGCGCUGCUGGAUGAGUGUACCAGCGCUGUGAGCAUCGACGUGGAGGGGAAGAUUUUCCAGGCCGCUAAGGACGCCGGCAUCUCUCUGCUCUCCAUCACACACAGACCCUCCCUGUGGAAGUACCACACCCACCUGCUCCAGUUCGACGGGGAGGGAGGCUGGCACUUCGAGCAGCUGGACACGGCGACGCGUCUCUCCCUCACCGAGGAGAAGCAGCGGCUGGAGACCCAGCUGGCCGGCAUCCCCGAGAUGCAGCAUCGCCUCAACGAGCUCUGCAAGAUCCUGGGAGACGACUCUGUCCUCAAAACAGCCGAGGAGUGAGAGGAGGAGGAGGGGGAGGGCGGGGGGAGGGGAGGCCCAGAGGGGGUAAAGAGUCAAGGAGAGAGGGGGGGUUCUUUGAGAGACAUAGAGGCAAUGAAAGAAUAAGAAAUCUGUAGGGGUUUGUUGGUUUUAUCUUCAGGCUUAGUUUCUUUUCUUUUGCUUGUUUAGAUUUUCCUCUCUCGCUCCAAGCCUCUCCUGUUGAAGCAGCAGAGGCUCUUCAUGCCAGUCUUUCAGCUCUCCUUCUCUCCUCUUCCCUCUUCUUUCCAUCCCUCCUUUUGAGAGGUGGAGGGAGGGGAGGAGAGUGAAGUGGAUUCACCAGUAUUAUCCCCUCUUCUUGCGCACAUCGGGGUGCAUUGCUCGGUCGUAGAUUUUAAAAGAAAGUUUGGUUUUUAGCGCACGUCAUUUAUUAAGAAAAAGAAAAUCCAAAUUAACUGAGAUAAUUUAUUUGUUUUGUUUUGUUUUAUAGCACUUUAAUCUGCUUUUAGAGGGCUGUUUCCAUUUGUUGUGCCAGCUCACAGUGAAAUCAGGUGAUAGCUGCAUUUAUUUCGCUGGAAAACUUUUAAAUGUAGAAACGCAUAACGAUGUCCGCAGCAGUAUUCCACACCCUGUGUACUGGGUUGUGCAGGAUCCACAUUUGUCAUAAUUUUCGAUUUUAGUUUUUACUGAACUCAAUGUUACCUCUUCAU